UACCACAACAGUAAAAUAGUAGUAAAAUAUAUACAUACACCACCUUGAACAUUGUUUUAUAUCUGAAAGAACACACACAUACAAAGUAUGCAAAGAUAUAUAAUUACUGUAAAAAGCCACAAAUGGUUUGACUACCAUAGUCUGAGAACCACUGGCCUACUGAUUAAUCUUGGACUAUUCUUCUGUCGCACUCAUUUCCGGUUUUAGCCGCUUGCUGCGUUAGCUUGACGCGAGGGAAAGUGCAGGGGAAAGAAAUGGUGGGAGGGAGUAACAAGGAGGUUGGGUUGACAGUGUGACAGAUAUACACAGCCGCUCUGGGCUUCGUCUUCGGCCGUUUGGCGUUUUGUCGGUGUCGGUCGGUGAGAUAAAUAUCGCUGAAUUCCAACGUCGGUUUUAACCCGCCGCAGUGAGUGGAACGGCAGGCGUUUCGGCGCUUCCUACAACGAUCGUCUCUCUCUCUCAGUACUGUGAAGUCGAUGGACACUGGUGAAACUCUGAGCAGCUCUUGAUCCUAUAGAGAAGUGAGACCGUCAAACCCCUUAAAGCUUCGCUGAACAGACCCACGUUAGGUCGAGAACCAACCUCCAACGCCAACCUCACCAGACAUCCGUUUACUGAGGAGGAAAUGGAGAACUGACCCAGGACCAGCGGGCGACAGAAUCCAGCUACUUUUCUCCCUGUUAGCUAGCUGCCAUGGCUGGGCUCAAACGUCAUCGUGAUGGGAAGAUCGCUGGGCUGUACGACCUGGACAAGACUCUGGGCCGUGGGCACUUCGCUGUGGUCAAACUAGCUCGACACGUAUUCACCGGAGAAAAGGUUGCAGUCAAAGUCAUAGAGAAGACCAAGCUGGACCCGGUGGCACGUGCACACCUUUUCCAGGAGGUGAGAUGCAUGAAAAUGGUGCAACAUCCCAACGUGGUGCGCUUGUACGAGGUCAUCGACACGGCCACCAAGCUCUACCUCAUUCUCGAGCUGGGAGAUGGAGGAGACAUGUACGACUGUAUCAUGAAGCACGAAGGAGGACUCAGUGAGGAGGUGGCCAAGUGUUACUUCGCCCAAAUUGUCCACGCCAUCUCCUACUGCCAUCAGCUACAUGUCGUGCACAGGGAUCUGAAGCCAGAAAACGUGGUGUUCUUUGAGAAACAGGGCGUCGUAAAGCUAACCGACUUUGGCUUCAGCAACCGCUUCCAGCCUGGGAAAAACCUCAACACCUCCUGCGGUUCGCUGGCCUACUCCGCUCCGGAAAUACUGCUCGGUGAUGAAUACGAUGCUCCUGCAGUGGAUAUAUGGAGUCUGGGGGUUAUCCUCUACAUGCUGGUUUGUGGGCAGCCGCCCUUCCAGGAGGCGAACGACAGUGAGACCCUGACUAUGAUCAUGGACUGUAAAUACAACGUGCCUCCACACAUCUCACCUGCCUGUAAAAAUCUUAUAGGACAUAUGCUGCAGAGGGACCCCAAAAAACGAGCGACCCUAGAGCAGAUUGAAGCCCACAAAUGGCUCCAGGGUGUGGACCCGUCUCCGGCCACCAAGUUUUCAACUCCUUUGGUGUCUCACCGCAGCUUGUCAGAGGAGGAGCACGGCUCCAUCAUUCAGCGCAUGGUGCUAGGGGGCAUUGCAGACCGAGACAUCAUAACAGAGGCUCUGGAGUCAAAUCAGUACAACCACAUCACUGCAACUUACUUCUUAUUGGCUGAGAGGAUGCUGAGGGAGAAGCAGGAAAAGGAGCAACAUGGCCAGACACGAUCACCGAGCCCCAGCAAGGCUCAGUUCAGACAAUCUUGGCCGACCAGAGUCGACAUUCACCAGGAUGUAAGCAACGGUUUGGGAGGCCCAGCCAUCUCUCACCCUGGGGGGCCACAGUCCCCUGCCCGUAGUGCCGAAAGCCUCCACCAGGGCCCCAGGCCAAAAACAGCCCUAUUGGACGUCAAUCAAGGACAAGGAAGCCACAGUUUAGCAUCGAGACAAAAGCACGCUCCGAGAGCCAAUCAAGAGCGGGGGAUCAGACCACUGACAAAACCUCACUCCAACCCCGGCAGGCUUGGGCCUCUGGUAUCACUUGCCCCCCCCAAGACCCGUAGUCCCAGUCUUUUUAGCGUGGAAGAAGAUGAGGAAGAAGAUGGCGAAGAAGACACGUGUUCUUCUACGCUGCCUCGAGUGGUGCUCCGCAGCAAAGCGUCCUCUUCGUUGCCCUCUUCUGGUAACCGGCUGGCAUCACGAAUGAGUGCUCCGGUCCUCAACCAGAUACACGAAGAGGUCAAAGAGGAUGAGGAAGAAGACGAGGAGACGGACGGGAGAAAGUUGACCGGACUCGUUACACCUAAACCUAGCCUGAGUCUAAAUCUGAACUCUCAAAUAUCAUCGCCGACCACGGUCAUGUCAUCAUCCAACCCAGUGCUGGCGCCGGUGGCUGCUUUUACCCCGAGCUCAGAGACUAGCGACGAAGACACCGAAAGCAACCACAUAGCGUCCGCGCUGGGAAAAGCGGAUGAGAGGGAACGUAGGAAAGAUGACAGGGAGAAAAGAGGGGCAGCGGUGGGCAGCCCCUCUAACUGUCCCAGUCCUGGAUCGGGGUCAGGUCAGAGCAAGGGCAAAGCUCCCAGUGGCCUGGUGGAGAGUCUGAAGCUGAUGAGCCUGUGUCUGAGCUCUCAGUUCCACAACCUGACAGGCGUCAGUGGCGGAAGCGUCGGACUGGACAACCAGGAGCGCCCCGUGUGGCGGAUGUGCAUGGGCGGCUCCACUGGAAGUCUAGACAAGGUCUCGCUCCUGGGCGGGCCCUCGCCCAGGGGGAACCUCUACCAACAGCAUCCAAUGGGAGACGCGAUGGGAGACUCGCUGCUGGACGGGCCCCGCCACUCGGGCUCCCUGAGGCUAGGGGAGCUGGACCUGGCCAGGGAGACCCACAGGAACAUGAAGAACCGCGUGCUGCAGAUGCCCCUCAACGACAAGACUCUGUCCGUCAACAUCCACCGGAGUCCCAAGGAGGGUCUGCUGUGCACGCCCACCCCGCACAGCUGCUGCCAGGUCAUCUAGAGCACAGAACCCGGUUUUUUUUUUUUUUUCAACCCCAUUUUCUUACUUUACUUCCUGCCUUUGUUUUCAUUAUGUCACACAGGCUCACAUUAUUUAUAUACAGUUCUUUUUCUUUCUUUCUUUCUUUGUUUAACUCAUCGUUGUUAACUACUGGGACAUGGUCCAAACGCCAGCCUUGCACAUUUAGAGACAGACAGGCAGUGGCAGAGACGAGGCGUCGUGCCACGUACGUGAAGCACUUUAACCAGAUGAACGAGAUACAAAGAGAGGAUACCGAACCAAGUACUGUCGGAAGGCAGCAGAGGUAUACACAAACACACACUCACCUCCUACACUGUAUGUACCCAAGCUUCCAUUAAUCACAAGGAAAAGCUGGAUAUGCUGGGUACGGAUGUUGUACUAUCAGGUGACACCUACCAUGUACCUUGUUGUAUUUUUUUAUUAUUAUUUUAAUUAUUAGAAUUUUUAAAUUUUUUUAUUUUUUAUUUUUUCUUAUAUCCGACUGAAACAAGCGGAGCGUGUCCGUCAUUCGGUUGACGACAAAUACGUACAGGGUGAAACGGGCGGCAGCACUUCUGAAGUCUGAGGGUCGCACAUAGCGUUGUGAAACAACCACUGUUUUAUUUUUAUAUAUCUCAAACGUCCGGUCGGCGCGAAGGCGGCGCACGCUCGACGGGUCCGAUCUCUGCGGCGACGCGCGGGGGAGUUUGUACAUAUGUGGAUAACCUCCUAGCAGCACUCCGUAGUAUUGACUGUGAAGUUGUUUUGCAGUAGAAAAUUCAAAAUACUAGACUCUUAUACACCAUUUAUUCUUCACGACUACUGGAUGCUCAUGGUUUUGUUUUAGCCCAGGUGUUUAAUCGUGAAAUGGCGUCACAUGGUGGCGGGUGGCGGUUAAGGCGAUAGCGUGGUGCGUGGGUUUUUUCCCGAGUAAGUCGCUCUGAAAUAGCGCCGUACACCUCCAGGCGUCGCGACUAACUUUAUUAAACAUUUUGAUACAAAAUAAAUUAAAAACAUUGAAAUUAUAUUUUUACUUUAAAUAAUCUUAAUCAUAAUUAUGUUCCCCAAAAAACAAACAUAGGUUUAUCAGGCCUGUCCUCACCUCGUCAACAGCAGCUAGCAUCCUUAGAGUUGCAUUACUGCCAUAUAACAGGUAUGUUUUCCACUCGUAAAAUUACUUCUUGCAACAACAAACAAAGAGCUAAAUAAACCACCACACUUUAAGUCAUUGUUUCCCAAAGACUGGGUCGUGACCCUCAGGUGGGUCACAAGAGAUUUUUUUUCGGGUCGUCUCCCAGGAGUUUACGAAUAAUGCCUAUUGACUUGGGUCGCGAAGGGUAGUGACUUUUAAAAUAUGGGUACCCAGAAAACAAGUUUGGGAAACACUGCUUUAAAGUACAAAUAACUCGACGUUGAUGUUAUGUUUUUUUUUUUACGAAAUGUAAAAUGAAACCUUCCAGGACUUAAUCAUAAAUGUUAUGGCAGCUCCUUCAGUUCACAGCAGACCUCAGAUGGUGGUGUCGUUUUAGGUUCACGACUGGGCAGAACCAAACCGCGUUCAUCCUGUAGUGUUUCCAGGAUCACAGUAGCCACUGUUGUAGCGUGUUCUAAGGCUAAAAAAACUACUAAAAUCGGGAGGGGACAGAUCUUAAUCAUCCGCUUCUGAAGUAUCGGUCCGUGUAAAAAUGGAUGCGUGAACCAUCCUGAGUGGUGUAUAUGACUUGAUAGUGCAUGUGUUUCGCUGUAGCAUCCUUCUUAAACUUGCGGAGGUCAAACACCGCCCCCACCCCCCGCCCCCUUCUCACUCCACCGUAGCCUCACAGCAAUACCGACCACUGCAAAAAUGUACAACAAUGGAUGUGCCAUAAAACUCUGUCUUGAGCAUAUUGUAUUGUAUGUACUGUAUAUGAUAGAGAUAUAUUCAAAUAAAAUUAUGUGAACAACAACAGAUUUGUACGUCCCCGACGGUUGGUGUCUUACGCUGCCUCCUCUGUUGAAUUAUAUAAAUAAUAGCAAUAUAAAUAAAUAUAAAUUCCAGAAUUUCCCAGCAGUCCUCAGUUAUAGUAAUAGUAACUCAGACAGGGUGUUAUAGCAUACAGAAGUAACUAUUUUAGUAGCGCAAUAUGGUAAAUAAAUAUGCUAAUUAUAUUAAAAAUUAUAUAAAAAAUAUAAUUAUAAAAUUAUUAUAUUAUAUAUAUAUAUUUAUAUAUAUAUUAUAAUAAUAUUAAUAUAUUGACAAUUCAAUUAUCAAUAU